AUGACCCCUGGCCGCCCCGGAACCCCCUCCGGCAUGCGCGGCAGCUGCCAAACUUACAUCUGCCGUGACCCGCUCCUACAGCUCGCGUCCUGGAAUGGCGAGAUCGUCGGGAUCGACGUCGGCCCCGUGUGGCCGGGAGCCGACGUCGAAUCCGUAUCCGGUCCGACGGGGUCCCACAUGGCGGAACCCCGCGUUGGUCCGUGUGCCGGCGCCGGGAACCACGACUUGCCUAUUCGGGAUGUCCGGGGUGGGGAGACUGGUUGA